UUCCGAGCAGCCCAGACCACUUCCCCCCGGAGCUGCCCAGGCUGUCCCGAAGCAGGAAGAGCGGGGGCUGGGGACAGUAACGUGGCAAACAAGUGCGAUUCCUGGACCACAGAGGAGCGGCAGGAGGAGAAACAGAGAGGGGUGUGGCGGCUCCCGUGGAUGUGGCCACAGAGCAUGUGGGUGAGCAGAGUCUCAGCUCAGCGCGGUCAAGUCUGUGGGGCCUCCUCAUGCCCCUCCCCGAGACUGGCCUCCCUUUAUUGCCUCAAUCUCUCAUCCUCACUUUAUGCUGUAAGGAUUAUAGGGGUCCGGCUUUUCAUAUUGGUCCCCCUCUCUGCUUCCAUCCAGCCCCGAAGAGGGCAGGACAAGCUCCUUCCUACCUGUGCUGUUACCUUGGAAGAUGCUGAUGGCCACAUUCUGUGGAGCUUCUAGGGUGGAAAGAGGUGGCCACCUCCACAUCCCUGAAGAGGGACAUUGGGCAUGGGGCCUUCCCUGCAAGGAGCCGUGGAAACAGAGAAGGAAGCUCUCCUCUUUGGCUACCAGGUCCCCAGCUCUAAGCUCUGGCUCAGCCCUGCCCUCCUUCCACACCCUCAGGGGCCCAGGCAUCCUGGCCCAGCACUCACAGAGACAUUUAGCUGGAUGGUUCUUUCCGUGGUCACACCAGUUCCAGGGAACGUCACCUGACAGAUGAGGCUCCUCCUCUGCCGAUGGUCACUGCCCCUCCGCCAGGCUUCCUGCUGGAGGAGUUUCCUUCCGAGCCAGGCCGGCCCAGAAGCCAGAUGAUCCCGGGACAGGCCCAGCCCGAGAGUCCAGAGAUGCUGCUGCUGUCCCUGCUGCUGCCCAUGCUCGGGGAGGGGUUCCUGAACGAGGGUUCCAGUUACAGUCUUCAGGUGCAGAGGCUGGUGACGGUGCAGGAGGGCCUGUGUGUCUUCGUGCCUUGCAACCUCUCCUACCCCCGACGUGGCUGGAAUGAGUCUACUGCCGCUCAUGGCUACUGGUUCAAAGUAACGACCAACACACGCACCCUUGCUCCUGUGGCCACAAACAACCGGAAUCGAGAGGUGGGCAUGAGCACGCGGGACCGAUUCCAGCUCAUGGGGGACCCCGGCAAGGGGAGCUGCUCCUUGGUGAUCAGAGACGCGCAGUUGCAGGACAUGGGAAUGUACUCGUUUCGGGUGGAGAGAGGAAGCUCUGUGAAAUUCAGUUUCCUGAACGUGUUCCAUCUAAAGGUAACAGCCCUGACUCAGAAGCCUGAUGUCUACAUCCCCGAGACCCUGGAGCCUGGGCGGCCAGUGACGGUCAUCUGUGUGUUUAACUGGGCUUUCAAGAAAUGUCCAGCCCCUUCUUUCUCCUGGACGGGGGCUGCCCUCUCCUCCAGAAGAACCAGACCAAGCAGCCCCCACUUCUCAGUGCUCAGCCUCAUGCCCAGACCCCAGGACCACGACACCAACCUCACCUGCCAUGUGGACUUCUCUAGAACGGGUGUGAGCAUACAGAGGACCGUCCAACUCCGCGUGGCCUACGCCCCCAGAGACGUUGUUAUCAGCAUUUCCCGUGACAACACAUCAGUCCUGAAGCUCCAGGAAAAUCUCACACAUCUGGAAGCCCAGAAAGGCCAGUUCCUGAGGCUCCUCUGUGCUGCUGACAGCCAGCCCCCCGCCACGCUGAGCUGGGUGCUGCAGGACAGAGUCCUCUCCUGGUCCCACCCCUGGGGCCCCAGAACCCUGGGGCUGGAGCUUCCCCGGGUGAAGGCCGGGGAUUCAGGCCGCUACACCUGCCGAGCGGAGAACAGGCUUGGCUCCCAGCAGCGAGCCCUGGACCUCUCUGUGCAGUAUCCUCCAGAGAACCUGAGAGUGACGGUUUCCCAAGCAAACAGGACAGUCCUGGAAAACCUUGGGAACGGCACAUCCCUCCCGGUCCUGGAGGGCCAAAGCCUGCGCCUGGCCUGUGUCACCCACAGCAGUCCCCCAGCCAGGCUGAGCUGGACCCGGCGGGGACAGACCCCGAGCCCCUCCCCACCCUCAGACCCCUCGGUACUGGAGCUGCCUCGGGUUCAAAUGGAGCACGAAGGAGAGUUCACCUGCCACGCUCAGCACCCACUGGGCUCCCAGCACGUCUCUCUCAGCCUCUCCGUGCACUACCCCCCACAGCUGCUGGGCCCCUCCUGCUCCUGGGAGGCUGAGAGUCUGCACUGCAGCUGCUCCUCCCAGGCCAGCCCGGCCCCCUCUCUGCGCUGGUGGCUUGGAGAGGAGCUGCUGGAGGGGAACAGCAGCCAGGACUCCUUCCGGGUCACCCCCAGCUCAGCCGGGCCCUGGGCCAACAGCUCCCUGAGCCUCCAAGGGGUCCUCAGCUCCCACCUUAGGCUCAGCUGUGAGGCCUGGAAUGUCCACGGGGCCCAAAGCAGCUCCGUCCUCAAGCUGCCACGCGGGAAUCAGGAGUGGAGGAGAGGACUUGGUCUGGGGGCCGCUCUCGGAGCUGGCGUCGCUGCCCUGCUCUCUCUCUGUUUGUGCCUUGUCGUCUUCAGGGCGAAGAUCUGCAGGAAGGAAGCCGCCCCGAUGGCAGCCGCUGAGCAGGACGCGCCCUCCGCCCUGGGGCCCAUCUCCCGGUUGAGAGCCCAGCCUCUGUCCUCUGGGGCCUUGGCCGUUCCCCUUUCCCGGACGGCCAUGGCCACGCCUCUUGAUGACUCGCAGAAUCAUCGUACCCCGAAUAAGGGUCACCAGCAAAAAUGCCCAGCAGGCAGCUCCCAAGACUACGAGCCCCCAGGUGCAGCCCCCCCCACCGAGGGAGAGGAGCCGGAGCUCCACUAUGCCUCCCUCAGCUUCCAAGGGCUCAGGCCUCGGGAGCCUGCAGACCACGAGGCCCCCAGCACCACGGAGUACUCAGAAAUCAAGAUCCGCAAGGGACAGCCCCCGAGGGGCUCCGACUCUGGGCUUUUGUUGGAGACAAAGACGUCAGGGACGCUUCCAAAGUGAAGAGUUCUCCAUGGAAAUGGGACACCAGCAAGGGUGUGGGCGUCACACUGGUAUCG